AUGAGCCGCGAGACUCAAAAUCACUUAGUCAUGGAUAGUAGCGAAAAAAGUAGUUGUGCUAGUGAACAUAGCGAAGUAUAUAGUUCUGAAACAGAUGAAAGUAUUUGCAAAGGGUGUUAUGAUAACGAACCUGAAUAUACUGAAAGUCAGUUGAAAAACAUUUGUUCAUCAAAAACUGCGAAUGAUAUUUCAGACGACGACGAAGAUGAGGAUUUAGACUCAAGCAGGUUAGAAAACUUACAUUGGUGUAAGUGUAAAAAAUGUGAUAUACACGAGUUAAUGACUGUUGAAGAAUGCAAGUGUUGUUUCGAGUUUACAACUUUACUGGGAGAAAAGCUGGAAGAGAAUACAUGUAUUACCUUGCAUAAAGAUUUUAAUAUUCUUUGUUUAAAUCGCACCGUAUUAGAGACAGCAAGCAUUAGACAUCGCAGAUAUCAAAAUAAUUUCAAGGAUAUAAAAUCUUUUCAAAACAAACAACUACGCUUUUCAGCAUACAGACAAUAUACGGCUUGGGUGCAUUACUAUGAAAUGUAAUGUCUGUGAAAGUGUGGUUUCUUUGUUUUCACUAAGUAACUUCUUUACGGUCUAGAAUAAAAAAAUGAAGUGUAGAUCAACCCUUAUAUUUUUCUUCGAAGUCCAGCCAGGUGCGCAUGAAAACUUAACCUGGUUUUCAUUAACAUUGAUAACAAAAAUAACAUAUGAUAAUAAAAAGUAAUACUAGUAAUAAUAUUCGUGCGUUUUUCCAAAUUUUAUUAAGAAUUUUUCAUGGAAAUUUUUAUAAAAUUUCCACUUAUUUUCACUACUUAAAAAAAAUUACGAAACACAUUUAUAUUUUAAUUACAAUAUAGAAACCAGGCUAUCUAAUUAAAUAUGUUCGCUAAAAGAGUUGUACCAGAAAAGGUUGAAAUUAAAAAACAUGAUUUUUGUAACUCACAUGUAGGCAUUCUUCCUGCAUUUUUCUUUUUAAAGAUGAAUCACGUUUUAAUACGGUAGUGCCAUCCAUGUUAAUAAAUUCGUAAGUUUUGUGUUUAAAAAUAGUU